AUGAUAAGCAAGGAUCCGAGAUCAAGUUUACCACCAGGGUUUCGAUUUCAUCCAACAGAUGAAGAACUCAUUCUCCAUUACCUAAGGAAAAAGGUUUCCUCUUCACCAGUUCCGCUUUCGAUCAUCGCCGAUGUCGAUAUCUACAAAUCCGAUCCAUGGGAUUUACCAGCUAAGGCUCCGUUUGGGGAGAAAGAGUGGUAUUUUUUCAGUCCGAGGGAUAGAAAAUAUCCUAAUGGAGCACGGCCGAACAGAGCGGCCGCGUCUGGAUAUUGGAAAGCAACCGGAACAGAUAAACUAAUCGCGGUAUCAAAUGGCAAAGGAUUUCAAGAAAACAUUGGUAUAAAAAAGGCUCUUGUGUUUUAUAGAGGAAAGCCUCCAAAAGGUGUUAAAACCAAUUGGAUAAUGCAUGAGUAUCGUCUUGCCGAAUCUCUAUCUCCCAAAAGAGUCGGCUGUUCUAGGACCGGUAGUGAAUUCAAUAAUUUGGGAGAUAAGAAUUUGAAGUCUAAAGAAUAUUCCAUGAGGCUGGAUGACUGGGUUCUUUGCCGGAUUUACAGGAAAUCACACGCUUCAUUGUCAUCACAAGAUGUUGCUUCGGCCACAAGCGAUCAAGAACAUGAGGAAAAUGACAAUGAACCAUUUGUAGUCCGCGAAACCCUUUUGCCAAAUUUGGCAAACGAUCAAACCCUUAAACGCCAGAAGUCUUCAUUCUCGAACUUAUUAGACGCUACAGAUUUGACGUUCCUAACCAAUUUUCUAAACGAAAAUCCAGACAAUCGUACCGAGUCUGAGUUUUCUUUUAUGCUUGGCAAUUUCUCUAAUCCCGACAUCUAUGGAAACAGUUACUUGGAUCAAAAGUUACCUCAAUUGAGCUCUCCUACUUCAGAGAUAAGCUUGAUCGGAAACAAGAGAGAACGAGUAGAUUUUGCGGAAGAAACGAUGAACACUUCGAAGAAAAUGAUGAGCACAUUUAGUUACAAUAAUAGUAUAGAUCAUCAAAUGGAUCAUACUAUGAUUCAACAAUCUAGUUUUCUGCACCAGGAAUUCUUGAUGAGUCCUCACCUUCAAUAUCAACGCUAG